UUAGAUCACAAUCCAUAUUCUAGCUAUAAGCUACUAUACACACAGACACACACAUAUAUGUAUAUCUGUUGCUUAAGACUGAUCAUCUUCAGCAUCUGUUGAGAGUGGUGUGAUUGGUGGCUGAAAUGGCGAAAGAGGAGAAGAAAGAAAAAGUUGAGAAAGUGAUUACUGCUUUCUAUAAGGUUAAUUUGCAUUGCCCAAAAUGUGCUCAUGAUAUUAGAAAGCCUCUUCUGAGAACCCCAGGGGUUCAUAGUGUGGAAACCAAAUUUGAGAAGAGUGAAAUUAUUGUGAAGGGUGCCAUCGAUGAGAAGAAAAUUCAUAAACGAAUAGAGGAGUUGAGUAAAAGAAAGGUCGAGAUCUUGCCAGGGCGCAAGGAAGAAGUUGUAGAAAAGAAGGAAACCAAAACAACUCUGCGCACAACAACAAUUAAAGCUUAUAUGCACUGCAGCAAAUGCGAGCAUGAUCUUCGAAGGAAAUUACUGAAGCACAAAGGUAUUCACGACGUCAAAACGAAUUUCAAAGCUCAAACGGUAGUGAUUGAAGGAACUAUCGAGUCUGAAAAGCUCUUGACAUACAUGAGAAAGAGAGUUGGCAAGCAUGCAGAGAUUGUGUCUCCAAAGAAAGAGGGGGGGAAGGAAAAGAAAGAGGAGGGGAAGGAAAAGAAAGAGGGGGAGAAGGAAAAGAAAGAGGAGGGGAAGGAAAAGAAAGAGGAGGUAAAGGUAGAAGUGAAAUCCAUAGAAACCACAAAAGUUGUGGAAUUUAAGGAAGAGAAGAAAGUGGAUGCCAAGGCUGCAGAAGGAAAAGUUCCAUACUUUGUUCAUUAUGUUUAUGCCCCCCAAUUGUUUAGUGAUGAAAAUCCGAAUGCUUGCUCAAUUAUGUAGAUCAAAAUUAGGUCAACAAUAUGGAUGAUUGCUUCAAACACUUAGUUAUCUUCUUGACCAUGUGUAUCUCUGACUGAUAUGAUAUUUUCAGUGUUAAAUGUCAUCCUACGGGUGUUCAAACCCUUUCUUCUAA